CUUUCGUCUCCGUUUUAUAUCUCUCUGUCUCUCUUUCUUUUGCCUGCAUAACGUCGUCAAUUGGUAUCAAUCGCCAUGUAAUUGGCCUUUAUCUAAUCCUAAUUCCAACCGUUUCUACAAACCAAUCCUCAAAAGGCGCAAACCACCCUCGGUCUCGGUCUCAGUCUCAGUCGCAAUCGCAAUCGCAAUCGCACCACGAACCGCACACAAGCCAUGGCCGCCCGAACAGCAUCUCAACGACUUCUCCUUCCUAGGCCAUCUAUCCCUCUCCUUCGCCCCUCAAGGAUAUCUUCCAGCUCUCAAUUCUUCUCUUCUCCCUCCCGCCGCGCCUUCAUCUCCCUCCCCGGAACAUCCCCCCAAACCCUCCUCGCCACCCGAACUCUCCCCUACCGUCACGAGCCUCUCUACGAGCUCAUCGCAGACGUCGACUCCUACUCCGCCUUUGUCCCCUACUGCUCGCACUCCCAAGUCACAAAGUGGUCCUCGCCAGACGAUUCCGGCCGCCGCUGGCCCGCCCUCGCCGACUUGCACGUGGGCUGGGGCGGCUUCGAUGAGGUCUUCACAAGCCGCUUGCUCUGUGUUCCCGGCGUCUCGGUCGAGGCGCGCAGCGGCGGCUCUGCUGGAGGUGGCCUUGCGCAGGAUGCCUCUUCCGUAUUCAAGACUCUCGAGACCCUCUGGUACUUGACACCAGUCGCUCGCCAGUCUGCGGCGCCUUCGACCGAGGUUCGGCUCACCAUCAAGUUUGAAUUCGUCAACCCGCUCUAUGCUGCUGUUAGCGCUGCUGUCUCCGACAAGAUCGCUGCGCUAAUGAUUGACGCCUUUGAGAAGCGGGUGCACCACAAGUUGGGGGCUCAACAGCGCCUGUAGCAUAACUCUGGCUGGAGAGCUGUAGAGGCCUAUCCAUGAAUGACGAUAAAAGAUAAAAAUGAGGGAAGAUAAGAGUUCACUGGGAAACAGAAACAAGAGUAGACGUUAGACGGUUAUUUUGAUAGAUAGAUCUCCUAGACUUGCGACAACUAAUCAUCCCUGCUUGCGUAGCUCAGCAGCUUUCCGUUGCGGGCACAAAGACAAAAUUCACAAAACGCACAAAUACAUCAUAACUUCAUCAGACGUAGCCAUCCACCUUGUCUAACCCCCACCAAUUGCUCCCUAAUAUCCAA